GAACAACAGCUCUACACACUCAUGCACGCGCACGCAUAAGCACACAGACACCAUCGCUCCGGCAUGUUGAUUUAUGGAAACAAUUAUAAUUCUGGUGGAGCCUUUCUGAGCUGAAAAAGUUUGUAGCCACAAUACAGUGUCUCAUGUUGCAAAAAGCAGGCAACAGAAAUGGAAUACUUGGGUAUCCAGCUCUUAUCAACAGCAACAAUGCAAGCAGCAAAUUCAAGUAGUACAGAAGGUCACGACAACAAAGGUUUUUAUAACUUGUGUCUUUAAAGGAUAUUCUGACUGAAGAGAUAUUUAAGAAGCUCUUCUAUUUCGCCAUUAACUAUUAAGGAAUAACGAUCAGAAUUCUAGAAGAGGGAACAAUCUCAUUUAAAUGAAUCUGUAACACGUAAAGACAGAAGGCAGGUCAGUGACCUCAGAGCAACACUCUACUUGAGAUUUAAUUUUCAUUAUGUUGUUCAUGAACACCCAGAACACUGCACUAUAAUGCACAAAUGGAUACUGACAUGGAUCCUGCCAAUUUUGCUCUACAGAUCAUACUUUUACAUUAUCUUUCUAAUGGGCACUAUAUCUUUAGCUUGCAAUGACAUGACUCCAGAGCAAAUGGCUACAAAUGUGAACUGUUCCAGCCCUGAACGACAUACCAGGAGCUAUGAUUAUAUGGAAGGGGGGGAUGUAAGAGUGAGAAGACUUUUCUGUCGAACUCAGUGGUAUAUGAGGAUUGAUAAGCGAGGCAAAGUAAAAGGGACAAGAGAAGCAAACAACAACUACAGUAUUCUAGAAAUCCGAACAGUGGCAGUUGGAAUCGUGGCAAUCAAGGGAGUGGAGAGUGAGUACUUCCUGGCAAUGAACAAGUCAGGAAGACUCUAUGGGAAGAAAGUAUGCAAUGAGGACUGCAACUUCAUAGAACUGAUUGAAGAAAACCACUAUAACACAUAUGCUUCUGCAAAAUGGACACACAAAGGAAAGGAGAUGUUUAUUACAUUAAACCACAAGGGAGUUCCUAUGAAAGGUAAAAAAACAAAGAAAGAACACAGGGCAUCCCACUUUCUUCCUCUGGCAAUAUCCUAAUUACAAAUGAUCUAUAAAGAACUAGUUCCAGCAGGAAGAUUAUUUUUAAGAAGACUAUUUGACAAGAUAUCAAGAGAGGCUGGAAUACUACUGAGAAACUGAACAAGCUGGACUUGCGCAUUUAUGUUUAUUUUUAAGAGACUACGUGAAAAAAAUUGAAAAUAUACACAAAACCAGAUUUACUAACUAAAAGUUGUAAAAAAUUCUAAAGAGUUGUACAAUCAUUAUCUUAGUCAUUGUAACUGGGUAGUUUCUUAAAUUAAUUUACCCUGAAGAAUAAGUCAUGACUUGAUUAUCUGAUAAUAUUUUAUUUAAAAAAAAUCCUAUCUGCUUCCUAAA